UGGGGGUGGACAGCAACGGGGAUCGUUCGUCCAUGCCGUCGGAGGCCAUGCUUGGACCGGACACCCGAACCCUGGGCGAGGACGAGGAAGAACCAGCAGCGGAUGCUUGAAGCCGAUCGAUUCGCUCCGGUCCAGUCCAACAGAGCCGGGUGGCGGCGGCCUGGGAGGGGGCGGGGGAGGAGCUUCGUGGAAGAGGGACCGGCCUUUUGGGAGGUCGCGCAUGCGCACAGAAAACAAAACAGGAAACGCUACUAAAUAUGCUUUUUUUGUUUACCUCAUUUGUACGCUUGUCUUUUGUUCAAAAAACUAAAAAUAAAUCCGGAUGGAUGCAGUUUCACGGCUUCACCGCUGGAUGUCACCGCUUCAUAUGACCAGGUUGCAGUUUUACGGUUUCACCGCCAGAUGUCACUGUAUCACAAACGAGCAAAGUCAUGUGUCAUGACGUAUGUGCUUGUCAUUUUUAUGGACGCCGUGAGAGACAAAAACAAUUACAUGAAAAGCAAAACAAAUAUGUUCAGAAAUAAAGUAUCGUCAGUAUGCUGUAGGAUUUACGCUUCCAUGACCAAAGAAAAGAGACAUUUCAGUCUUUAGAGGCAAGAAUUGCCCAAACGUACGAGAACUUUCCUUGCAGACAAGCUGCUCCUCGUUAGAUCCACUUUGUUUGGGACGGGGGGGGGCGCUGUCCGGCUUGUUGCUCAUUCUUUCCGAUGACUUCAGGCACUCAGGAGCGUAGCAGGAAACCAACAUUGAUCCUUCGCUUUCCUUGCAAGACCUCUCAGAAAUGCUGUGGGGGUCCAUUUGGGGGUCCUGGCUCCUGCUGGGCUUCAGCGUCCAUGUUGCUACGUCCCCUCUUGACCUUCAAAUCUCCGGAGACCCGGACCAGGCAGACUGGACCGACGAGUGGGGCUCAGGGUUCUCCCCCCUGCACUUCCUCCCUGCAGACAGCCCCACCACGGCAGAACCCCCCCACAGAGCCCUCAACUGCACGCAACGUUUCUGGUUGCCCCCUACCUCGGGGGUCUGCUGGGAGAAGGUGGCCGGGCCGCAGGAGUUUGCCAAAUCCCGCCUGCUGGUUCUGCAGAACCGAGCCGCCCUGCACGCCAUCACCUCCUCCAGCGGCGUGGACGAAGGGGGGCUCUCGUACGACAACCAAGCCAGGGAGGAGGUGCGGGCCAUCCUCACAGACCACCAAAGUGUGGUGGAGGCCAUUGAGAAGAUGGAGAAGGUCUUUAUCUCCCUGGAGGAGACCAGAAAAGACGGCAAAGAGCAAGGAUUCCUGAGAAGCAUGAAGGAGCGGAUGGCUCGCACCAGGGAGGUCGGGUACGCCCGGGAGCUGACGGCGGCCACCCUGGAGAGACGUUUGUCCACGCUGGAGGACAGCCUGCUCGCCAUGCAGAUCAGACUCAAUAAACUCAUCCUGCACUGAUCACAUGACAAGCAUUACAAUAUCGUACUUGUACAUCCUCGCUACUACCAUAAACAUACAAUAUCGUACUUGUACACCCAACUGCUGCAAUAAAGCCUCCAGGCAGUAUUCUUGUUGUGAAAUGAUUUAAUGAGCAAGUUUCCAAGAAGUAAAGAGGUGGACAAGCAGGCAGCGCAGCUACUACACAAGGAGAGGUAUUUCUUUUACAAACACUGUCCAACACUAAAACAGUGUUUUGAGGUUGCACAUGUGGACCGGGACACGACAUCAACAUUUCUG